AUGAAGCCCUCCAAACUCCCCGAUGGCCACGGAAGCCUUUACAAAGAAGUUCGCUUCUCGCCAACUCAAUCUCCAUCCCGUCGCACAAAGUCCGUAUCGGCUACUUUUCCUCCCACGAUCACAGGCUACGGCCGAACCGCCUUCCACGAUUCCGCACUCCUGAAUUCCUUCGCUAUGGACACCUCCUACAUUGACCAGUCGCGCGCGCUACUCCAGAACCAACGAGUCAACUUCGAGGCGGAGAGGACAUUAUUUACACAAGAGAGGAAGUUAUGGGAAAAAGAGCGGACAUUGCUCCGAACUAAGAUUGCCGAGCUGGAGGCAUUGUUAAAGGACCAAGGGAAGAGAAAUAAUAAAUUGGGGCCAGAGGCCGCUAAACUCGUGCUCGGCGCAUCACAACUCAACAACACAAAUGGCUUCACAGCUCAGGUAUGGGAGGGAUCAAGUCCAAACAGUCAACCUACGAGGGUUUUCGUGGACUACGAGUCCCCCAACCAAGCCCACAUGUCGCCGAUCUCCGAAAGUGGGAUGAACCCACCGUCCCUGGAUCGGGCCCUGUCACCUCAAGGGCAGCUUGCAGAUCCAUCUGGAGCGCCCGUGAGUCUGCCCGUGCCAAUCGAAAAGCUUGACAGCACGUUAGACGGCAUUACGCUGAAAUCGACUGCAUUGCCACCCGGGGUGGUCGCGCGGGUGAUCACGCCGCCCUCGCCGUCACCCUUGGAAACCGAGGUCUCUCCUUCAGCCCCUGGGGAGGCUGCAAGGCCUGGCCUCGAGCACCGAAACAGUCUCAAACUGAAGCUGUCAGAACUCGGCCCGCCCAAUGAAAGAUUGCUCCGCAAUGCAGGCCAUACGCCUAUGGCGAUCAUCGAUGCCGAUGAGAGCCAACGCUCCACAAAGGAGGGAUCACCCCUCGAGGUUCCCUCGCAGUCUGAGGAAAAUCCUCUUGCGCCCGUGGCAACUAACGUUCAGCCCUCUGAGAACAGGGUGUCUUAUUUCCCGGAGCUGCCUGACUUGCCCGACGAUCCCGCUCUCAAGGGCCCCCUGGGCCUUGUUAACGAUGAGGAGCACGAUAAUGACUUUUUGAGCGCUUUAGACCAGAAGCUCCUUGAUCAGGCUAAAAAUAUCCUUGGGUCCUCAGUUGAAUCGGCAGAUCCGAAUGAGUCGGAUCCCGAGCCUGAGUUUCCUAGCCAAGGCGACAAGGAGCCUGCAAUCAAGUUCAGAAAGUCAACUAACUUUGGCUCAGCAUUCGGGAUUUCAAAUUUGAGUUGA